AUGAAAGUGUUCAUUAUUUUGGGAAUUUCAGCAGCUAUAGCCUUCACAGCUGUUUUCUUUUCUUUUCUUCAGAGAGGCAAAGAUAUCAUCUUUGAAACUGAAGAUAACUGCAUUACUGAGGCUAUCCGGAAGGGCUCUAAUCUAGUAGACUAUGCUGCACAUUAUACACUGAAAAGAAAUAUCCAAGGAAGGGAAAUAGCAACUCCUACCUUGCUGCUGGUUUUCUCAAAAUUUCCUGAACAAGAGAGUCAAGAUAUUUCCCAAGCAGCUGAACGAAUGGAAAUGUCAAUUCAAGUGCUGAAACAAAAAGUUUGCCAGAAGCACAAACGUUCAUUGCAUCCAACUGAUCUUCUAUCAGCUGAUCUGCACACUAGGAUUGCUAAUAUUUCUGGAUGCCUGCCUUAUAUGUUGCCACCAAAAUGUCCAAACAAUUGCUUAGCAAAUAAAUACCGACUUAUCACUGGUGCCUGCAAUAACAGGGAACAUCCUAGAUGGGGAGCAUCCAACACAGCAUUGGCUAGGUGGCUUCCACCAGCCUAUGAAGAUGGACUCAGCCAACCUCGAGGAUGGGACCCCAGCAUCCAAUAUAACGGAGUCCAGCUGCCCUUGGUUCGUGAAGUGACAAGAAAAAUUAUUCACACAUCUAAUGAGGCUGUUACUGAAGACCACCUAUAUUCUGAUAUCAUUAUGGUGUGGGGACAGUACAUAGACCACGACAUUGCAUUCACACCCCAGAGCACAAGUAGAACCACCUUCCUAACUGGAAUGGAGUGCCAGAAGACAUGUGAAAAACAAAAUCCAUGUUUUCCCAUAAAGGUGACCACCAAUGAUACAUUAUCUGCAGGGAUGGAUUGCUUGCCCUUCUACCGCUCAUCUCCUGCAUGCAGCACUGGUGAUCAUGGUAUUCUCUUUGGAAAUCUGUCAACACUAAAUCCAAGGCAACAAAUCAAUGGCUUAACUUCCUUCCUUGAUGCUUCUACAGUUUAUGGCAGUACCCCUGCCACUGAAAACAAGCUGAGGAAUCUAACAAGCAAAGAAGGCCUUCUUAGAGUAAACAUUAAAUAUUAUGAUAACCAUCGAGAACAUCUGCCUUUUACAGACCAGAUCCCAUCACCUUGUGCCCAGGACUCGAACACAGGUGUUGGUGAGAGGAUUGAAUGCUUUAUGGCCGGGGACAGCCGAUCCAGCGAGGUCACGUCUCUGACAGCUAUGCACACACUGUGGCUGAGAGAGCACAACCGGCUGGCCAGAGCCCUCAAAAACAUCAACAGCCACUGGACUGCUGAGACAGUCUACCAAGAAGCACGAAAGAUUGUCGGUGCUCUGCAUCAGAUUAUUACUUUAAGAGAUUACAUUCCCAAAAUCAUUGGCCCAGAUGCUUUUAAUCUGUAUAUUGGCCUUUAUACAGGUUAUGAUCCCACAAUGAAUCCUACGGUUUCUAACAUAUUUUCAACAGCUGCUUUUCGUUUUGGUCAUGCAACAAUCCAACCAAUAGUAAGACGAUUGAAUGCACAGUAUUUAGAAGAUCCAGAACUCCCAAAUCUUCAUUUGCAUGAAGUAUUCUUCAGUCCCUGGCGUAUCAUUAAAGAAGGAGGCUUGGAUCCUUUACUAAGGGGUCUUCUAGCACAUUCAGCAAAACUGCAGGUGCAAGAUCAACUACUGAAUGAAGAAUUAACAGAAAAACUGUUUGUGUUGUCCAAUAAUGGUUCACUUGAUUUAGCAUCGUUAAAUUUACAGCGGGGCCGCGAUCAUGGACUCCCAG